GCAAAUCGUUGCGAUGUUAAGUUAAAAGUUGUCGAUUUUUCACGUCUAAUAUGUUUAGAAAGUUGAUAUUGUUGUUUGUGUUAUUGUUUAGUUUUGGGGGUUACGAUGCGGAAGUGCUAAAAAUAGGUGCGAUAUUUGAUAAACCGAACGCAUGCAAGGAGAAAGCAUUUUGGGCCGCAAUCGAAGACAUAAACAUGAAUAGAGACAUUGACGAUGAUGAGUACAUGGGAAUAACAAGAUACAUAGAGUUUGACAAUCCGUUUCAAGCCUUAAACGCAACAUGCGACUUAAUUCAGGAAGGGGUCGUCGGAAUUCUCGGCCCGUCAUCAGAAGACAAUUCCAACAUGCUCCAAUCCAUAUUGGACUUGAAAGAAAUACCUCACAUUGAUGUCAGGUGGGACGACCAACCCUUAAACGGGACAGUUGUUAACGUGUACCCAUAUCCGGAUGUUAUCACCAAAGUUUAUUUGGCACUACUGAACGAAUGGAAUUGGGAGAAGUUCGUGAUUUUGUACGAGAACAACGAGAGUUUGUUCCGGGUCGCCGAACUCCUGAAGCUGUUCCAGGACUCCGGAAGUAGGAUCGUUGUCAGGCAGUUGGACAAAGAACGAAAUGGAAACUACAGACCGGUACUGAAGGAGUUAUGGAGAGCCGGAGCUACUCAUUUCAUGCUGGACUGCUCCAACGAGAUUCUGGCCGACGUUCUAAGCCAGGCCCAGCAAAUCGGCCUGAUGACUAACAAGCACAACUACAUCAUCACCAACCUGGACCUCCAUACCUUCGAACUCACCUCGUUCUCCUACAGCGAAACCAACAUCACGGGUAUGAGGUUUAUAGACCCGGCAAGUAAGAACGUUUGGGACGUGGCAACUUCCAUAGUCUGUAUGGAUGGUAACAAAUGCAUACAAGACAUCCUGGUGGACUCAUUAAUUAAUGAUAGAAUGGUGGCCGCUUACAAAGUGGAAUUGGAAACUGCUCUCGUCUACGAUGCCAUCAAAAUGUUCGCCGAGGCGGUCAAAGUCGCGCCGAAAAUUAUCCCGCCUCUAAUGACCUGCUACGACACAGAAUCUUGGACGCAAGGACAGACUGUUGUCAAUUUAAUGAAGGGGUUGGAGUAUGAAGGUUUGACGGGUAAAAUCAAAUUCGAUAACAAAGGGUUCAGAACAGAUUUUGGUUUAGACAUCAUUGAACUAAAGGAAGAAACUAUUAUAAAAGUUGGGACAUGGAACAGCUCAGAAGGAUUAAACAUAACCAGACCGCACUUAAACGAAACCAUGGAUAUAGUUGAUAGUCUAGUAAAUGUUACCUUUAUUGUUGAAACUUGUUUAACUGAGCCUUAUGGAAUGUUAAAAUACUCCUCGGAACCCUUGUACGGAAACGACAGAUUUGAAGGGUUCGGAAUCGAUUUAAUCCAUGAAUUAUCCUUGAUGGAAGGCUUCAAUUAUACCUUCAUCAUUCGCGAGGAUAAAAGUAACGGAAAAUAUGAUCCCGACUUGAAGAAAUGGACUGGAAUGAUCGGUGACGUUAUUGAUGGCAAAGCCCAUCUAGCCAUUACUGACAUGACCAUCACCUCCAGUCGCUCCGAAGCUGUGGAUUUCACCACACCCUUCAUGAAUUUAGGUAUAAGUAUUUUAUUCAAGAAACCGACGAAAGCACCUCCAAGCUUCUUCUCUUUCGCCGAUCCUUUCGCCGUUGAAGUGUGGAAAUCUUUGACCGGCGCCUAUUUUGGAGUUUCCAUAGCACUAUUUAUAAUUGGUAGAAUAGUACCGGACGAAUGGACGAAUCCGUAUCCGUGUAUCGACGAACCUGAAUAUUUGAUUAACAGCUUGAGCUUAGGAAAUUGUUUUUGGUUCAUUACAGGCAGUAUUAUGCAACAAGGAUCAGAAAUUGCUCCCUUGGCCAUUUCUACGAGAAUUGUUGCUGGAAGCUGGUGGUUUUUCACGUUAAUCAUGGUCUCAUCUUACACCGCCAAUUUGGCCGCCUUCUUGACCACAGAAAGUCCGGACACGCUUUUCAAUAAUGUCAACGAGUUGGUCAAAGUUGCAGACGAGAAAAACAUUAAAUACGGCGCAAAACGUGACGGUGCCACUUACAAUUUCUUCAAAGAAAACACCAACAACGAACUUUUCAAGCAAAUUUACGCCUAUAUGGAUGAACACAAGGACGAAGUUAUGGUACCCGAAAACAGCGACGGAGUAUUGAAAGCGCUAGAAGAAAAUUAUGCAUUUUUCAUGGAAUCUGUCUCUAUCGAGUAUGAGACUCAAAGAAAAUGCGACUUGAAUCGCGUUGGUGACUUAUUGGAUGAAAAAGGCUACGGUAUCGCAAUGAAAAAGAAUUCUCCAUAUAGAAAUCCAUUGAGUAAAGCAAUAUUAAAGCUUCAAGAAACUGGAAAAUUAACGGAACUGAAAAGGAAAUGGUGGGAAGAAAGAAGAGGAGGAGGACAAUGUGAAGGUGAAGAUGACAACAACGAAGCCACUCCUCUGAAUUUAAAGAACGUGGAGGGUGUCUUCUGGGUGUCCAUUGGAGGAACAAUUUUGGCCUGUUUAAUUGUGAUAGUUGAAUUCCUUUUCUAUGUAGCCAAGGAAUGCGUCAAAACACAUACACCAUUUAAAACAGCUUUGGUUAAAGAGUUGAAGUUCUACUUCAGGUUUUCCGGCAUGGUGAAACCGGUCGUUUAUAAUCAUUCGGAAAAGGACAGCACCAGUGGAAAGUCCACAGAAGAAGGAGAAGAAGUAGCUUACAACAUGGUAAAAAAAGGAGAAAGCUGUGAAACUUUAAGGAGCAAAUCGAAUAAAUCCAGCGAGAAGAAGGAGUAUAAGAAGCAGGAAAGCAACAAAACAUUUUAAAAUUAAUAAAAAAUUAGUUUGUUUCCAAAAGUGUUUUAGUAAACAAUAUAUUUGCUUACAUUGAA